AUGCUAAAGCAGCUCGCCCUUCUGGCCAUCGUUGGCUUCGCCUCCCUCUCUUCGGUCAAGGCUGAAUUCGAUACCCCUCACAACCUGCCUGCCAAGAGCGACGGCAAGAACGGCCAGACCGGCUACAAUGACUGCAGGAAGCGCUACGGAGACUCUCACGCAAAGGCCCACUGCCAGAACAUCUACGUGAACUCGGUCCAAGACUUCUGCAUCUACGGUCCAGCCAAGCCUUCAAAGGUGUCAGAUGUCGAGGCCAGCGUCGUAAGCUACUGCACCAAGGAAGGCUACGGCACACGAACCAUCCCCCCAGGCACCAUCACCGGAGCUUCGUUCCUCAAGACUCCCCACUACGUUCAGCUUUCGCUCGUAGGUGACUUCACCAAGAUCAAUGUUGCCCCCAAGGACGAGGGCGGAGAGCUCGAUGCCCACGGUGCUACCAACACGCAGAACCCAGUAGGUGCCCUUGUCUACAGCAGAGCUUGGACCGGCGAGCAUGUGCGAGCACACGAGUGGCACCAAUUCCUUGGCUACAACGAGGCCUCGGUUCGUGCUUGCAACCCCGGCAAAGACAAGCAGCACGAAUACUGCCCAAACCAGUACGACGAGAUGGGUGCGUACAUUACCUCCAGUAAAGUCUCAGCUGCUUCCAUCGUCAACGAUACUGACCUCCAUGCUUCCCUACUUCCUUACUUCCGAUUGCCACACACAGGAUCUCAGUGGAACGACCCUGGACAAUACGAGGCCGGCAAGUUCGAGAACUGCCAGGCCGAAGAUGGACUCAUCCCCGGCGUGUACCAUGGCAAGCAGUGGCACCAGGGUGAGAAGCCUGUGCCCAAGGCUCACCCAGCUCCUCGCAAGUUCAACUGCAAAAACUUCAAGGGGCUCAACGGUGGCAAGGCUCGCCUCAUCCCUGACUCUCGCCGAAGGUCGAUGGCUUUCUCAAACGACCUUGAGGCGGACGAGCUUGCCCUUGAGAGGGACAUGGAUGCUGAGCAGAGGGCUGCCGACGACGAGCCCGAUUGCGACGACAGCGAAGACUGUGCCGAGUAG